CCCCACAACGCCAACAGAGGCUUCUUCUUCGCGCACUGCGGAUGGCUGUUGUGUCGCAAACAUCCCGAUGUCAUCGAAAAGGGCCGAAACGUGAGCUGCGAAGACCUGCUUCAGGACCCACUCGUGCGCUUCCAGAAGAAAUACUAUCUGCAACUCGUUCUCGUCUUCUGCUUCGUGUUGCCCGCAAUCAUACCCUACGUCUUGUGGGGUGAGAGCUAUUGGAACGCCUACUUCAUCUGCGGUAUGUUCCGGUACUGUUGGACACUGAACAUGACGUGGCUGGUGAACAGCGCCGCCCACUUCUGGGGCCGCCGGCCCUACGACAAGCACAUCAACCCCUCGGAGAACAGCGUCACAAUCAUCGGUGCCAUCGGCGAAGGUUUCCACAACUAUCACCACACGUUUCCCUGGGAUUACGCGACGUCCGAGUUGGGCCGCGACUACAAUCUCACCACUUGUUUCAUAGACCUGUUCGGCGCCAUCGGGUGGGCCUACGAUCGCAAGACUGUCUCACCGAAUAUGAUUCGCCAGCGAAAGGAGCGCACCGGCGAUGUCAAGGAGAAGGGGCCGUACGGGCCGUACAACUAAUGACACCGUUUUUUGUUUCACUAAUUUAUCCACUCUUCCAUUAAUUUAUUAUUUUUGAUCUGAGAUUAUAUUAUAUAUAAUAUAAAUGUUAAAUAGUUAUAUAUAUAACAUAUUAUGGACGCAAACCAUUGUUUAACUCAAAGUUC